AUGGCAGAUGACGAGAUUCAGAGGCUGCGUGAGCAGUUGAGGAACGAAGAGCGACGCCGACAAAAAGCGGAGAGGGCUCAACAGGAAGCAGAGAGAUCUCAACAGGAAGCAGAGAGGGCUCGACAAGAUGCAGAGAGGGCUCGACAAGAAGCAGAGCAGCUUCAGCAGACAUUCGAAGAACAGUUACGCCCCUUGACACUCUUUGAAUACCUUGAUGCCUGCCAUACUUAUCUUUUCAGCGGGCUUGUCCCUAGAACGUUGAAAAGUUCCACCAAAGGAAGUGCCGACAAUGCUAGAGGCAAAUUCCGUCCCCAUCGCAUCCGUAAAUGGCGUUCAUUUGACGAUGAACAGGCGGAAAUAUGGGACCAUUUGCUGAAUGAAGAAAAUAAAGGAUUUAUUGCACAACUUGAAUUUGAUUCAUUGCAUGGAAUGAUGACUAUAGGAAAGAAAACAAAGAAAAAUAUAUCCUCAGAACUCGACCUUCGCUAUUUCCAGCGGGAUGCCAUCACAGAGCCUGUAGGGUCGAUCAUAGAGGCCUUCUUUGAAAGUGAGAGACUCAGGCAUGUAUUUGGACUUCAAGGACAGGUUACCUUUGAAAACCACGCAAAUAGUCUUGCCGACAGCGAGGAGGUUGAAGGAGUUAGAGGACGUCCGCCAAAGCUCCGGAAAGGAACCGAUGGGGCUGCAACACCUACCAAUGUCGAGCCUUCUCAUAGACCUCUAGCGGAUGAAUUUUGCAUUUACAAUGCAGGCGAGAAGGCCAAAAAGCCUGCAUUGGUUGGGGAACUAAAGCCACCCCAUAAGCUCCCACUCGAGGCUAUUAAAAAAGGACUACGAAAAAUGGAUCUUGAUGAGGUAGUCGAGCGUCGUCAUGAUGAUACAGAGAACAUUAGGCACCGUCGUUUGGUGGCCGCAGUCAUCACCCAGGCCUUCUCUUACAUGAUUAAGGCUGGCGUUGAAUACGGAUAUAUAAGCACGGGUGAAGCCUUAAUUUUCCUUCACUUCAAAACUGACGAGCCUGGAACUGUUUAUUAUCGUCUUUCAGUUCCUGAGGCAGAUAUGAACCAAGAAGGUGAAGAUAAUGAUACCAACAGGCUACGGAAGACGGCUGUUGGACAGGUGCUUGCGUUUACGCUUCGAGCGAUACGCACCACCCCACAUGAUCAGAAUUGGAAAGACUGGGCCAUGAGUCAAUUGAAGGUGUGGGUAAUCACAGAAGGCGAUUUAUAUUUGCCAACCUCUGAAGAAGAUGAAAAGCAAGAUGAACAGCCUCCAACCCCUUACAAGCCAUCAAAAAGUACCCAGAUGGUUAUUAGGAAUACCCCUGUCCGUACCCGAUCGCGCUCCUCGCGGUCGACCUGCAAACCAACCUCUUCGCAACAAAAUAGCAGCGGGGAAGACGACGAAGAUGACGAAUCUGACCAUGAUUCACCUAGUCGAAGACCUCGCCGGUCAGCGAAUGUCAUGGUGCUAAUACCUCCGCCUCAGCCACCAACCUCAGAUUCAUCCUACACCGGCCCUGUUUGUAGGGAUGGUACCCGGCGAUAUUGCACGCAGAAGUGCUUGCUUGGUCUCUUGAACGGCGGUCUGCUGGAUAAGGCCUGUCCCAAUGUCAAAGAGCACGGUACAGAAGUCCAUCAAAUCGACCAUUCCAUGUUCAUCUCUCUCCUCCUCGCGCAGAUACUACAAAAAAUAGUAAGCCCUUGGACUCAGCCUCUGGGUUGUGAAUCACUUCAUAGGCAUGGUGCUCGUGGUGCACUCUUUGAAGUCAUCCUCUUUAAGUACGGUUACACUCUUAUAGGAAAAGGCUUCCCGCCAGAGUUUGGCAAGUACCUCAGAAACGAACAAGCCCUUUACAACCAGCUACGGCCGGUUCAAGGUGUGCAUGUCCCUGUAUGCCUCGGCACAAUCGAUGUAUCCAAGCGGCCCAUGUUUUAUGAUGGAAUUGCAGACAUACCGCACUUUUUACUUCUCGCCCAUGCAGGCACGGAGAUCUUAAAAUGCAGUGUUGCAAAGGACAAAAUCAUAUCCGCAGCUUCAGAAUCAUUGCGAGCCAUUCAUGCUCUAGGUGUUCUUCACCAUGAUGUAGAGCCGAGAAAUUUGUUCUGGAGUGAAGAGGGUGAGAAUGUGCUAGUUAUUGAUUUUGAAAGGGCAGAGAUUCUUCGCUCUGAGCGAGCGCCCCUGGGAAGGAUGUCACUCAAUCGAAAGAGAAAAAGUGGGAAUGAAAGCAGGGAGGAAGAAACAAAGGUUGUUGCCAGGGAGAGCUGGAUUGACAAUAGACUUGAAGAAGAGCUAAAGGGGAUGAGAGGUUACUUGAAGAGAAACCUUAGAUUAUAA